CAUGGCGGGAAAGUCGAAAACGACGGGCGGUGACGGCUUCUCGGUGAGUUAGUGGAGCAGUGGUCGUAGUCUCUUGAGGCCCCGCUCCCCUGCGGCCUAAUCUCUAAGUCCGAGCCACGGUUGGAGUUCUCCUCUGGGGCUCGCGCCCCGAACCUCGGCUUCCUCAUCUGCGCUGAGAUGGGAUAAUCCCCACAGGAAGUAAUUUAAAUGCACAAGACAUUGGUCAAAAUGGUUUCCAAAAGAAGACUGUCAAAAUCUGAGGAUAAAGAGAGCCUGAUCGAAGAUGCCUCCAAAACCAGGAAGCAACCACUUUCCAAAAAGACAAAGAAAUCUCAUAUUGCUAAUGAAGUUGAAGAAAAUGACAGCAUCUUUGUGAAGCUUCUUAAGAUAUCAGGAAUUAUUCUUAAAACGGGAGAGAAUCAGAAUCAACUAGAGUCUUAUCAACUGCUUCCCUGGGGAUUGAACAUACUACAGCCUGCCAUUAUCAAAACCUUGUUUGAGAAGUUGCCAGAAUAUUUUUUUGAAAACAAGAACAGUGAUGAAAUCAACAUACCUCGACUCAUUGUCAGUCAACUAAAGUGGCUUGACAGAGUUGUAGAUGGCAAGGACCUCACCGCCAAGAUCAUGCAGCUGAUCAGUAUUGCUCCAGAGAAUCUGCAGCAUGACAUCAUCACCAGCCUACCUGAGAUCCUAGGGGAUUCCCAGCACACUGAUGUGGGGAAAGAACUCAGUGAUCUACUGAUAGAGAAUACUUCACUCACUGUCCCAAUUUUGGAUGUCCUUUCCAGCCUCCGACUUGAUCCAAACUUCCUGUUGAAGGUUCGCCAGUUGGUGAUGGAUAAGUUGUCAUCUAUUAGAUUGGAGGAUUUACCUGUGAUAAUAAAGUUCAUUCUUCAUUCCAUAACAGCCAUGGAUGCACUUGAGGUAAUUUCUGAGCUUCGGGAGAAGUUGGAUCUGCAACAUUGUGUUUUGCCAUCACGGUUACAGGCUUCCCAAGUAAAGUUGAAAAGUAAAGGACGAGCAAGUUCCUCAGGAAAUCAAGAAAGCAGCGAUCAGAGCUGUAUUAUUCUCCUCUUUGAUGUAAUAAAGUCAGCUAUUAGAUAUGAGAAAACCAUUUCAGAAGCCUGGAUUAAGGCAAUUGAAAACACUGCCUCAGUGUCUGAACACAAGGUGUUUGACCUGGUGAUGCUUUUCAUCAUCUAUAGCACCAAUACUCAGACAAAGAAGUACAUUGAAAGGGUGCUAAGAAAUAAGAUUCGAUCAGGCUGCAUUCAAGAACAACUGCUCCAGAGUACAUUCUCUGUUCAUUACUUAGUUCUUAAGGAUAUGUGUUCAUCCAUUCUGUCGCUGGCUCAGAGUUUGCUUCACUCUCUAGACCAGAGUAUAAUUUCAUUUGGCAGUCUCCUAUACAAAUAUGCAUUUAAGUUUUUUGACACGUAUUGCCAGCAGGAGGUGGUUGGUGCCUUAGUGACCCAUAUCUGCAGUGGGAAUGAAGCUGAAGUUGAUACUGCGUUAGAUGUCCUCCUAGAGUUGGUAGUGUUAAACCCGUCUGCUAUGAUGAUGAAUGCUGUCUUUGUAAAGGGCAUUUUAGAUUAUCUGGAUAACAUAUCCCCUCAGCAAAUACGAAAACUCUUCUAUGUUCUCAGCACACUGGCAUUUAGUAAACAGAAUGAAGCCAGCAGCCACAUCCAGGAUGACAUGCACUUGGUGAUAAGAAAGCAGCUCUCUAGCACCGUAUUCAAGUACAAACUCAUUGGGAUUAUUGGUGCUGUCACCAUGGUUGGCAUCAUGGCAGCAGACAGCUAUUACAAUCUGUUGUUAAAAAUUAAGGAUUGCCUAGAGGUGACCUCCUUGUUGCAGUUGGUUCAUUCCUGCAGUGAGCAGUCUCCUCAGGCCUCUGCACUUUACUAUGAUGAAUUUGCCAACCUGAUCCAACAAGAAAAGCUGGAUCCAAAAGCCCUGGAACGUGUUGGGCAUACCAUCUGCAAUGAUUUCCAGGAUGCCUUCGUAGUGGACUCCUGUGUUGUUCCGGAAGGUGACUUUCCAUUUCCUGUGAAAGCACUGUACGGACUGGAAGAAUACAACACUCAGGAUGGGAUCGCCAUCAACCUCCUGCCGCUGCUGUUUUCUCAGGACUUUGCAAAAGAUGGGGGUCCGGUGACUUCACAGGAAUCAGGCCAAAAAUUGGUGUCUCCACUGUGCCUGGCUCCCUAUUUCCGAUUACUGAGACUUUGUGUGGAGAGACAGCAUAACGGAAACUUGGAGGAGAUUGAUGGUCUACUAGAUUGUCCUAUAUUCCUAACUGACCUGGAGCCUGGAGAGAGGCUGGAGUCCAUGUCUGCUAAAGAGCGUGCAUUCAUGUGUUCUCUCCUAUUUCUUACUCUCAACUGGUUCCGAGAGAUUGUGAAUGCCUUCUGCCAGGAAACGUCACCUGAGAUGAAGGGGAAGGUGCUCACCCGGUUAAAGCACAUUGUAGAACUGCAAAUAAUCCUGGAAAAGUACUUGGCAGUCACCCCAGACUAUAUCCCUCCUCUUGGAAACUUUGACGUGGAAACUUUAGAUAUAACACCUCAUACUGUUACUGCUAUUUCAGCAAAAAUCAGAAAGAAAGGAAAAAUAGAAAGGAAACAAAAAGCAGAUGGUAGCAAGACAUCCUCCUCUGACACAAUUUCAGAAGAGAAAAAUUCAGAAUGUGACCCUACACCAUCUCAUAGAGGCCAGCUGAACAAGGAGUUCACAGGGAAGGAAGAAAAGACAUCAUUGUUACUACAUAAUUACCAUGCUUUUUUCCGAGAGCUGGACAUUGAGGUCUUCUCUAUUCUACAUUGUGGACUUGUGACCAAGUUCAUCUUAGAUACUGAAAUGCACACUGAAGCGACAGAAGUUGUGCAACUUGGGCCCGCUGAGCUACUUUUCUUGCUAGAAGAUCUCUCCCAGAAGCUGGAGAAUAUGCUGACACCUCCUAUUGCCAGGAGAGUCCCCUUUUUCAAGAACAAAGGAAGCCGGAAUAUUGGAUUCUCACAUCUCCAACAGAGAUCUGCCCAAGAAAUUGUUCAUUGUGUUUUUCAACUGGUGACCCCAAUGUGUAACCACCUGGAGAACAUUCACAACUAUUUUCAGUGUUUAGCUGCUGAGAAUCAUGGUGUAGUUGAUGGACCAGGAAUGAAAGUUCAGGAGUACCACAUAAUGUCUUCCUGCUAUCAAAGGCUGCUGCAGAUUUUUCAUGGGCUUUUUGCUUGGAGUGGAUUUUCUCAACCUGAAAAUCAGAAUUUACUGUAUUCAGCCCUCCAUGUCCUUAGUAGCCGACUGAAACAGGGAGAACACAGCCAGCCGUUGGAGGAACUGCUCAGCCAGAGCUUCCAUUACUUGCAGAAUUUCCAUCAAAGCAUUCCCAGUUUCCAGUGUGCUCUUUAUCUCAUCAGACUUUUGAUGGUUAUUUUGGAGAAAUCGACAGCUUCUACUCAGAACAAAGAAAAAAUUGCUUCCCUUGCCAGACAAUUCCUCUGUCGGGUAUGGCCAAGUGGGGAUAAAGAGAAGAGCAGCAUCUCUAAUGACCAGCUCCAUGCUUUGCUCUGUAUCUACCUGGAGCACACAGAUAGCAUUCUGAAGGCCAUAGAGGAGAUUGCUGGUGUUGGUGUCCCAGAACUGAUCAACUCUCCUAAAGAUGUGUCUUCCUCCACAUUCCCUACACUGACCAGGCACACUUUUGUUGUUUUCUUCCGUGUGAUGAUGGCUGAACUAGAGAAGACAGUGAAAAAAAUUGAGCCUGGCACAGCAGCAGACUCGCAGCAGAUUCAUGAAGAGAAGCUCCUCUACUGGAACAUGGCUGUUCGAGACUUCAGUAUCCUCAUCAACUUGAUAAAGGUAUUUGACAGUCAUCCUGUUCUGCAUGUAUGUUUGAAGUACGGACGUCUCUUUGUGGAAGCAUUUCUGAAACAAUGUAUGCCGCUCCUAGACUUCAGUUUUAGAAAACACCGGGAAGAUGUUCUGAGCUUACUGGAAACCUUCCAGUUGGACACAAGGCUACUUCAUCACCUGUGUGGGCAUUCCAAGAUUCACCAGGACACGAGACUCACACAACAUGUGCCUCUGCUCAAAAAGACCCUGGAACUGUUAGUUUGCAGAGUCAAAGCUAUGCUCACCCUCAACAAUUGUAGAGAGGCUUUCUGGCUGGGCAAUCUAAAAAACCGGGACUUGCAGGGUGAAGAGAUUAAGUCCCAAAAUUCCCAGGAGAGUACAGCAGAUGAGAGUGAGGAUGACAUGUCAUCCCAGGCCUCCAAGAGCAAAGCCACUGAGGAUGGUGAAGAAGACGAAGUAAGUGCUGGAGAAAAGGAGCAAGACAGUGAUGAGAGUUAUGAUGACUCUGAUUAGACCCCAGACAGAUUGUUGCCCGCUUCUGUGUCUCUGCCA